GUCACGUGACGUUACCUUGCGGUAGUCGGUUUGCCAACGGGUGACUGUUUGUUAAUUUUUGUCGUUAAAAUGUCUGAGUUAAAUUCGGUGCCUGAAGUAGAAAUAGACUCCGAUGGGGUUUUCAAAUAUAUACUGGUGAGGGUGAGCUUGGGGAAAGGUGAAUCGGAACAAUACCGAGAUAUCGUGAGGGGGACUAAGACCGCUGAGUACCACAACCAUAUUUUCGAAAGCAUAAACCCUGAACUGACAGCUUUAGGAUUUGAAUGUAAGUGCCUUGGAGGAGGAAAGAUAGAGCACAACAGCAAAGACAAGAAAAUACGUGUAUUUGGUGAAUCUACCGGAUAUGGAAAAGCAGACCACUCCAUUACUGGUGAAAAACUGAAGAAGGCAUAUAGUGGCUAUGAGGUGAUUUGGUCAGAUGACAACAAAUGAAUUGUUGGGUUCCGUCAAUGGAUGAAAAUGUAAAACUUUACUUGCAUGAUCUAUAUUAUUUGAUUGGUAAUAUUUGACAAUAAAAGCUUCUCUACCAA